AUGCCUGAGCUUAGCAGCGAAGAGCUGCAGGAGAUCUACACUUUCGCCGUGCAACUCGGGAAAGAUGCAGGUGAUUUGCUCAUGAGCUUUGCACGUGCGCGAUGGAGCGACAACCGCUAUUCUGUCCAGGCGGUUGUUGAGAAGGACAGCGCGGUGGAUAUCGUAACCAAGGCCGACGAAGAUGUCGAGGCAUUCAUCAAGACGUCGAUUGAGAAGAGAUUUCCCACGCACAAGUUCAUCGGCGAAGAGACCUACUCCAAAGGGGCCUCGAGAGACUACCUCAUUGGCGACGACCCAACGUGGUGCAUUGAUCCGCUAGACGGCACUGUCAAUUACACACACCUGUUUCCCAUGUUCUGUGUCUCGAUAGGCUUUGUGCUAAAUGGGAAACCGACAAUCGGCGUCAUUAAUGCCCCGUUCCUCAAUCAGAGGUUCUCUGCUUGUAAAGGGCAAGGUGCAUGGCUGAAUGAGACCCAACGAUUACCGCUCGUGCGGAACCCGAUCCCACCCAUGCCAGCGCAAGCCCCGGGAGGGUGCGUGUUCUCCUGCGAAUGGGGAAAGGACAGAAAAGACCGCCCAGACGGUAACAUGCACCGCAAGGUCGAAAGUUUCGUAAACAUGGCAGCUGAGGUCGGAGGGCGUGGUGGAAGAGGCGGCAUGGUCCACGGUAUCAGAAGCUUAGGAAGUGCCACCUUGGACCUUGCGUACAUUGCCAUGGGCUCCUUUGACAUCUGGUGGGAAGGAGGCUGCUGGGAGUGGGAUGUGUCUGCGGGCAUUGCCAUUGUAGAAGAGGCUGGCGGCUUGAUCACGACCGCUAAUCCGCCGGAGGAUUACCAACACGCGCCCAUAGAAGACGUGCAGCUGGGCAGUAGGCUCUAUCUAGCCAUCAGACCCGCUGGGCCCUCCGCGACAGAAACCGGCCGGCAGACACAAGAAAGGGUUGUUCGAGAAGUGUGGUAUCGCGUGAGAAACCUCGAUUAUAACCGGCCAGGGGUUUGA